GACUCCGGGUCAGCCACCGCUCAUCGAGCUCUCUUAUGUAUUCUAGUCUCUGAAUCACCUCACGCUUUCCUACGUGAUUUUUCACUGCAGUCUGUACGGCGCAUCUCUCGUGUAUUUAGCUUCGCCGAGGCAUGCAACGCAAAUAGUCUAGUCCCACGGCCAAUCAGGAAGCCGCGGUGUGCAUAUGGACAUCAACGAGUCGCUCUAAACGCCGAGAACCAUGCUCGAAGCGAAUAACUUAUGGGAGUCGAACGACACGUACGCUCACGGCCACAGCACUCCGACUGAACGCGAGCCUUUACCCUCGAAUCCGAGCCAUGGGUGUUCUUUGGUCUUUCGUCAGGUACUCAGGAACGAUACAUAGGCAGUCCCGCCCUCCGGAGCCUGUGUUCAGCGUGAACCACGUUCCAGACCUCACCGGCCGUGUCAUCCUUGUGACAGGUGGCAACGACGGUAUCGGCAAGGAGACCAUAAGGGCUCUGUUAGAGCACAAUGCCAAGGUGUAUAUGGCAUCGAGAGACCAAAAGAAGGCGGAAGCUGCUAUCGAAGAGCUGAAGGACAAGACAGGUAAAGAAGCGCUCUUUUUGAAGCUCGACUUGGCCAGCCUGGCGUCCGUGCGACAAGCUGCGAGUCAGUUCCUCAGCCUGGAACGGGAACUACACGUUCUGUACAACAAUGCGGGCGUCUCAAAUACGCCCAUCGACUGGCUUACUGAUGACGGCUACGAUAUGACCUUCGGAACGAACAUAGUCGGCCACUUCCUUUUGACGCAGUUGCUUAUGCCUGCUCUUCAAACGGGGAAGAUCACGUCGCCGGAUCACUAUGCUCGUGUCAUCUGGCUGUCGUCGUUCGCGCAGUAUCUAUCGCCUCUCGACUUCGACGCGUUCAAGGAUACUCCACAACGUAGGAGGACCGGAAGUGAUAUCAUGUACUGUCAGAGCAAACUGGCCAGCGUCAUGCUUGCUCGCGAAUACGCGAGGCGCUAUGGUGAACAAGGUAUCGUAGCUCUGUCUGUGAACCCCGGUACGUACCUAGCGUGUAGUGCACGUGGUCACAUUCACGAGCAUUCAUAUGCAACAGGAAACAUCUACACGGGCAUCCUUCGACACGCUUCGAAGGUCAACCUUGCCUUCACGAAGCUCUUCAUAAAAAGGUACCCGGUAGAGUACGGCGCUCUCACUCAACUCUGGGCUGGUACCAUGCCAGAGGCUCUCACCCACAACGGCGAGUAUGUCGUUCCAUGGGCACGCAUUGCGGACCGUGCGCGAUCGGAGGCGUACGAUGACCAGAUAUGUGCGCGUCUGUGGGACUGGCUGGAGAAUGAAGUCAAGGAGAAUUAGUUCUGGAUUAUCGCACAUUGGGCGGCCGGACGUUGGAUGGCUUUUUCGUCUUGCUGUCUUGUUCGGCGAGAAUCCACAAUGCAGUCGGCGGACUUAUUAGGAGAUGCUAUCUUGGUUCUUAUGUGGUGCGUGCGAAGUC